AUGUCGCUGUCGGAGAGGAAGGACUUUGAAAUCAGUCAGCUCCUUCGCAAAGUUGAAGAUGAGCAGUCAUUGGGUGCUCAGCUUCAGAAGAAGAUCAAGGAGCUCCAGGCUCGUAUUGAGGAACUGGAGGAGGAGAUUGAGGCUGAGCGUGCUGCUCGUGCCAAGCUUGAGAAGCAGAGAGCUGACCUCUCCAGGAAACUGGAGGAGAUCAGUGAGAGGCUGGAGGAGGCCGGUGGUGCCACUGCUUCUCAGGUUGAGAUGAACAAGAAGCGCGAAGCCGAGUUCCAGAAGCUCCGUCGUGGUCUUGAGGAGUCCACUCUGCAGCACGAAGCCACUGCCGCUGCUCUUCGCAAGAAGCAGGCUGACAGCGUUGCUGAGCUGGGAGAGCAGAUCGACAACCUCCAGCGUGUGAAGCAGAAGCUUGAGAAGGAAAAGAGUGAAUACAAGAUGGAGAUUGAUGACCUCUCCAGCAACAUGGAGAAUGUUGCUAAAUCAAAGGGAAAUCUUGAAAAGAUGUGCCGUACUCUAGAGGACCAACUCAGCGAACUGAAGACCAAGAAUGAUGAAAAUGUCCGUCAAAUCAAUGACACAAGUGCACAGAGAGCACGUCUCCUGACAGAAAAUGGUGAGUUCAGGCGUCAAGUUGAAGAGAAAGAAGCUCUUGUCUCCCAGCUGACCAGAGGCAAACAGGCAUUCACACAGCAGAUUGAGGAGCUGAAAAGACAUGUUGAAGAGGAGGUUAAGGCCAAGAAUGCUCUUGCCCAUGGACUGCAAUCAGCCCGCCAUGACUGUGAUCUGCUGAGGGAGCAGUUUGAGGAGGAGCAAGAGGCCAAGGCUGAGCUGCAGGCUGAGGUGGCUCAGUGGAGAGCCAAGUAUGAAACUGAUGCCAUCCAGCGCACUGAGGAGCUUGAGGAAGCCGAGAAAAAGCUGGCUCAGCGUCUUCAGGAGGCUGAGGAGCAGAUAGAGGCGGUGAAUUCCAAGUGUGCUUCUCUGGAGAAAACCAAACAGAGGCUCCAGAGUGAGGUGGAGGACCUCAUGAUUGAUGUGGAGAGGGCCAAUGGGCUGGCUGCUAACCUGGACAAGAAGCAGAGGAACUUUGACAAGGUGUUGGCAGAGUGGAAACAGAAGUACGAGGAGGGUCAGGCAGAGCUCGAGGGAGCCCAGAAGGAGACUCGUUCUCUCAGCACUGAGCUGUGAGAUU